AUUUAAAAAAAAAUUCUUUAGCUCUCACCAACGACGAAACUCUUCUCUCUCUCUCUCCCUCUAUGGAUCAUCAGCCGGAGAAUGAUCAGCUGUCGUCUCCGGCGAUUAUUUCCGACCGAGUUCAGGUAAAUGGUAUUGUCACGCCGUUGACCUUGACUGCCGACGGCGAGCUCUGGUGGACGGAAUCCGGACGGCGGAAAUCGACGGCGGUCAAAGACAUCCUGAGUUUUGUCGUGGAAAGCAACAAGGUUAGAGUGAAGACCUUGGUGGAGAGAGGGGGAGGAAUUUGCUGCGGAGAAACUGCUGGAGAUUACGCGAGGAAGGAUUUCGUUUUCGAGCCUCUCUCUGAUGAAUCUAGAAAGCUAUGGUGCGAUAAGCUCCAUCAACACCUCGAAUCUCUCGGUCGGCCAAAGAAAUUGCUUGUGUUCGUGAACCCGUUUGGCGGGAAGAAGUCGGCGAGAAAGAUAUUUCUUGAAAAAGUAAAGCCAUUGUUUGAAGAUGCUGAUAUUCAACUUGAGAUUCAAGAAACCAAAUAUCAGUUGCAUGCAAAGGAGAUUGUUAGGUCCAUGGAUGUAUCAAAAUACGACGGUAUUGUUUGUGUAAGCGGCGAUGGUGUUCUUGUUGAGGUUGUAAAUGGACUGCUGGAAAGAGCAGACUGGAGAACUGCCUUAAAAUUGCCUAUCGGAAUGGUCCCUGCAGGAAGUGGUAAUGGCAUGAUAAAAUCAUUGUUGGACACAGUUGGGAUUCCUUGUAGUCCAACAAGUGCUACUAUUUCUAUUAUCCGAGGUCAUACACGUUCUUUAGAUGUGGCAAGUAUCUCACAAGGGACUACCAAGUUCUUCAGCGUCUUGAUGCUUGCUUGGGGUUUAGUGGCUGAUAUCGACAUUGAGUCAGAGAAGUUCAGAUGGAUGGGCAGUGCUCGUUUUGAUGUCUAUGGUUUUCAAAGGAUUAUAUGCUUAAGACAAUACAAUGGACGGAUUCUUUUUGUGCCGGCUCCUGGGUUUGAAAGCUAUGGGCAACCAGCCAGUUGCAGUAGUGUAGACAAAGAGUCACCUAUUAGCGAUAAGGAACUCGGAUACCAAGGACCUGAUGCUAAGCUUGAAGACCAGGAAUGGAGAGAAAUCAAAGGCCCAUUUGUUUCAGUAUGGCUUCAUAAUGUUCCGUGGGGUGCGGAGAACACUUUGGCUGCUCCUAACGCAAAGUUUUCUGAUGGCUUCCUGGAUUUGAUUGUCAUGAAAGACUGCCCUAAGCUUGCCUUGUUAUCACUUAUGACAAAGUUGAGUGAUGGAACACAUGUUCAAUCACCAUAUGUAGCGUAUCUAAAGGUGAAGGCAUUCGUGCUGGAGCCGGGUGCACGGAUAGAUGAACCAGACAAGGAAGGAAUCAUAGAUUCAGAUGGAGAAGUUUUGGCAAGAGGAAGAAGAUCAUAUAAAUGUGAUCAAAAGGCUCUGAUGUCUUACGACAAGCUUCAGAUAACAGUUGAUCAAGGGUUAGCUACUCUCUUCUCUCCUGAAUAAUCCUGAUUGGUUGAAAUGUCUACACAUGAGAUAGAAGACACAUUUUGUGGCGAUCAUUUGAUUGAUGGACAUGUACAGUACAGUGCAGCAGCUAAAGAAGCAAAGAGAUGAUGUGUAUCUUAUAUGUAUUCCUAUGAUUUGAUUCAACGGAGUUUUGUUUCUGAUUUUUUUGUAUCUUUCAAGUGUAAACUUUGUAUGUUUAUUUUACCCAAAAAAAAACUGUGUUUUUGUAUUGCAGUGUAGAGACAAAUGUUGAAAGUUGUGGACCCUAAUUAUAAAUAAGACAAAUAUCAAGUCAUAAUA